UCCAUAUGAAGAGGCAGUCUACAAGCAAAGAGCCAUGCCUCCUGUGCCAAAAGAUGAGAAAUAGGCAGCUUUGGUACUUUGUUAGUAGGUUGCUAGAGAUCUGGGCUGGCAUUGGUGUGUGUAGAAAAGGUGGGGAAGGUGAGCUUUGAUUGGAUGCCAAGGGAGGCCUGUCAUCUCCUGGGGAUUCUAUUCAGUUGAUGAUGUCAUCCAUCCAGCUCAACUGUCACUUUCUUUGGGCGAUCUGAGUGAAGAUGGCUUUCAAGAGAGCCUUCUUCAAGUUAUUUUCCUGCUUGCGGAGGAAAACAAGGAAGGUGAGCCUUCCAGGGGCUGACGCUCCCAGUUCUCCAACCUGCCGACUGGAGGACAGCACCAAGACUCCUGAGCGAAGAAAAGUCUCUUUUGUCGUUGAUGUGGAGCUCCAUAAAGUGGAGCGAUGUGAAUCCCCACAGUCACAUGAUCGAAUUCAGACCCUGACUCCUAAUUAUGACGAUUGUAGUAUCCCAGGGACUUGUGAACACUGUUUGCAAACUUCUGACAACAAAAAUCAACAGGGAAGCAAUGAUCCAAUUAACAACAGUGGCAAGGAAGAUCUCCCCAGAAAGGACACGACAGAAAAGAAGAAGAAGAUUUUCUUCAAGACAAAGGACAUCAGAAAAGAAGAAAAUACACCACGCCAGGCUUCUUGCUGCAGAAGAGACCGAUGGAGGAGCCAGAAGAUAUGGGAAGAGGUCCAUGAGAGGAUGCACAAGACAAACCAACCAGAGCGCAGUAUCCUUGAAGGCCUCUCUUCCAUCGCCACUCUGUUUCGGCUGAAGCGGAGGGGGCAAAUGGCCGUCCCCGAGCCAAGGAACAAGAACCUCUACGGCCUGGCUGUCUUGGCUCUGAUGGAGGACAACCAUUUCAGCAGCUUCACGGCAGGACUAGCUGCAAUGCUUGCAGUUUAUGACAUCAGCAAGAUUCCUCCAGCCAUGGACCCAAAAGUUGAGUCCCAGCUCCUGAACAUCUUUGGGUCCAUGUGGAUGUCCUCCGUGAGCAACCGUGGGGAGAAUAUUGGAGAGGAAGAGAAGAAGCUGCUGGAGGAGACCUUUGGCCUCCUGCUCCGAGGCCUUCUGCAACAAGCGGCGAAAACGGAGCAUUUAAUUUUUAUUUUGAAGCACUUUGAGAAACACAGCUGGCAAUGCUUCUCAUCUGCCUGGAAUCAGCUGCGCUGCUGUGGAACCCAUAACAGUAGGAUCAACCUCACUGAAGCCCAGCGGGCCUUUCCACACUUUCCAGUACAAAUUGCGAUGGCUGGAUAUGAGGACAGGUUCAUCAAUGAAGGAGACCUAACAAUAGAGGAGCUCUGAUGUCUUCACCCCCUGCCGCCCUUGGACACUGAAGGGUGGAUGGAAAGGAGCUCCACUCUAUCUGAAGGAAAGUCCCUUCGUUUCUCCCAUCUAGUAUCAAUUAUUACACCCUAUUGUUGUGGAAAAACCACAAUACUUACACCAGAAGACAAGAACAGGCUUUAUCUGUGCACAAUGGUUCAGAGCAUUCGCAUGACAAAUUCUGAACCCUGGGCUACAUUCUUAUAGUAUUAGCCACCCACGCCUUAGCUUUAGGGUGGCUCUUAUCUACCUUUGACACACUAAAACAGAGAAGUUUAUAUCUUGAAGCUACAUAAGGAAAAAGGAGAAGUUCACACAAACGGUUGUCUUACCACACCUCUCUACACGGGUAAUAUCUUACACCAUCUGGGACUUUCAGUUGACACUUCUUGUAAAAUGGUUUCUACAUAGCAUGAACACCUCUUUACAAUAAUGACACACAGGUUAUAUUAUUUUAGGUUACACUACACAUCCAAGCUUAAUAUUAUCUAUUACUUAAAACAGCAUCCAGCAUUCCUAUUAAGAUAUAUAUUUUUAUGAACUUUUUCCUGACCACCUCACUAUUGUUAUAUUUGCUCUGUUCUAUUCUUCUGAACUUAAAAUACAGUAAAUUCUGAUAUUUCUGCUUUCAGGUUCUUGGACCGCCUCAUCCCUUCAAGAACGGAUCUCUCAGCUACUGAAGGCCACCACUGAUUUUGGAAGAUCGCGAGGAGGCUACUCGUGUUGUGGAGCUGAUACAAACUCUCAUCUGUUUUUGUGUGCUGCAGCAGGAUGUUGGGACAGCAAUCAACGCGGCGCCUUGAACUCACCUACUUUCUUCGACUGUUGCCAACUGGGCCAUCCUCUCUCCAGGCUGGAGGAACCAUGAAAGAGCCUGCGAUUCCACAGGCCCCACUGACGGAUGGACUAAGAGAUUUCAUAGGGAAGCGUCAGCCCUUCCAGCUAAUGUUUCUGGCAUCUAUCUGAUAUUUAUAUAUCCCCAUUUAGAUGGCACCCAUUUAAGAGAAACACGAGAUAAAGAAAACAGAAAUUCAGCAAAAAGGGCUACACAAACAGCAUCUUGCAAGUCUUAAACUACAAACUUCCUACUACUACCUUUUGCUACUGGAUCCAUUAAGGCGGCUGCUUCCUACGUUUGUUUCUCCGACCUUUUCAGUUACUGGGGGCUCCUCCUGACACAUCCCAUUACCCUAAUUUAAGUUACAAUAGGAUGUUCAAUUUCUCAUUUCAGACUGAUAUUCUUCUAAUGCGCUUCUGUACAGUAUGAGGAAUGUGAUGAGUCAUGUACUUUUACUAUCUUAUCAAAAUCUAAUAUGGUGAACUACAAGGAAAAUGAAAAUAAUGGGAAAGGAAAGGAAGAAAAGAGAAAGAAAAAAGGGAAAAAGAGAAGAACAGAGAAGAAAAGAAAAGCAUUGAGUUACAUCUUCUUUUGGAGCAGUAGAAUAAGCAAUAAGUUACCAGCUCAACUUUUUAUGUCACCAAAUAAUAUAGUUAAGGUGCCAAUGGGUGAAAGCAAUCCAUACAUCAGAGCAAGCAAAGAUUAUUAUUGAUGGAUUCUUAACUAAGCUAUGUCAAAUCCAAAAGGGUGCGAGGCCAGGAAGCCCCUCAUCUCCCCUGCUGUUUAAAUCGGGGUUGGAAGUUUUCAAUAAGGAUAUUAAGCAACGUAAGGAAAUCUCAAGUAUAAAUCUUAAAAAGGAAGUUUAUACAUUCAUUUGCUGAUGAGUGAUUUAUCCAGAAAAAACACUAUAGAAUAUUUGAGAAAGAAACUAAAUGACUUUGGAGCUUUAGUCACCUAUAAAAUAAAUGUUAGUUAAGAAUAUGGCUUCUCAGGACUAUGAAAUACAACAUAAAAAGUCAGGUUUUAAGUUGAAGAAAAAGGUGGAAUACCUGGUUUUACAUGGACAACAAAAUUCAGAAUUGUUUCUAAAUGAUGCUGAGCCUUUUUGUCAAAAAAUCUAAUAUGAAGAACCAGAAAGAAAAUAAAAAUAAUGGGGAAAGAAGGGAAGAAAAGAGAAAGAGGAAAAAGUGUAGGAAAAGGGGGGAAAGCAAAGCGAGAAGAGUGGAGAGGAGAAGAGAAGAGAAGAGAAGAGAAGAGAAGAGAAGAGAAGAGAAGAGAUGCAUUCAAUUACAACUUCUUUUGGAGCAUUAGAAUAAGCAACAACAUACAACCUCAACUUUUUAUUUCACAAAAUAAUAUGUACUAGGGGCCAAAACAGUUUUUAAAAUGGGUCAAAGCCAUUCAUACAUCAGAGCAACUAAAGAUUAUUACAAAAAAAUCUAAAAUGAAGAACCAGAAGGAAAAUAAAAAUAAUGGGGAAAGAAGGGAAGAAAAGAGAAAGAGGAAAAAAUGCAGGAAAAAGGGGGAAAGCAAAGCGAGAAGAGUGGA